CGCAAUGCGAGAGAUCAGCUGUGGCUCGUGCGCGUACAGGCAACAAGUGGAUUUACUGAUUUUGAGUGAAUUAGAUUAUUUAAAGAUCACAUUAUGGAGAGAAAUAAAUGCGUUUAGACACAUAUAUAGUUAAACCCGUGUCCCGCGAGUAUUAAAUAAGUGUAAAAUAACCGUUAGUUCGUGUUCGGAUAGCAGCGUUUAACGGAUUUACGGUUACGUUUGCGCAGUUUGAUAACAUGCGAGCGCUAUUGUGAGUGCAGGUGUUAUUACAGGUGUGUAGGACAGAAAAGUACAGUAAUAAAGGUGAGUUUAUGAUGUGUGACUCUGGAUCAGAUGAGGAUAUAACGGCUGAGGACGGAGGGUCGACAGAGUCAGUCCGCAAGGGAUGUGACCCUCUCGUCUCAACCCAGCGCAGCAAACUGCAGCAGCGGAGAGCUAAACUCAACCAGCAGAUCAACCGAGAGCUUCGUCUGCGGAGCGGAGCUGAAAACCUUUACAGGGCCAGCGGUAAUCAGAAGGUGAAGGAGACUGUUGCAUUAGAACUGAGUUUUGUGAACUCGAAUCUUCAGCUUCUCAAAGAAGAACUAGAGGAACUGAACAGCAGUAUGAACGUCUACCAGACUGAGAGUGAGACAGUCAGUGUUCCCAUGAUUCCACUGGGGUUGAAAGAGACUAAAGAGAUUGACAUGACAGUCCCUCUUCAGGAUUUCAUCAGUGAACAUUACAGUGAGGAUGCAUCUCUGUACCUGAAUGAGAUCCGGGAUUUUAUGGAACUAAGACAGGCCAUGCGAACUCCCAGCAGGAACGAGGCGGGACAGGAGCUGCUGAAGGAAUAUUAUAACCAGCUCUAUUUCCUGGAUCAGCGCUUCUUUUCACCGCACAGAAGUCUGGGAAUUCACUUUCACUGGUACGACUCACUGACCGGCGUGCCUUCAGUCCAGAGAGCGCUGGCGUUCGAGAAAGGGAGUGUUUUGUUCAACAUCGGAGCACUUUAUACUCAAAUCGGAGCCAGACAAGAUCGCUCGACACUGACUGGCAUUCAGAACGCUAUCGAUGCUUUCCAGAGAGCAGCAGGUGCGUUUCUCUACCUGCAGGAGAAUUUCUCUCAUGCGCCCAGUCUGGAUAUGAGUAGCCCUGCGCUUAGCAUGCUGGUCCGUCUUAUGGUAGCUCAGGUUCAGGAGUGUGUGUGUGAGAAGGUCAUACUCAACAUGCAAAACAACGACCUGAAUGUGCUUCUGCAAGCCGCCCAGGAGGCAGCGAGGGUAUCAGACGUGUAUUCUCUGGUUCUUCAGGCGAUGUCAGUGCCGUUACUGAAGGACUACGUUCCCUUCUCCUGGAUCUCUAUGGUUCAGGUCAAAACGCAUCAUUUCAGAGCGCUGGCUCAUUACUACACCGCUGUGGCGCUGUGUGACUGUUCAGGUAUGUCUGAUGAAGAUGAGGAUGAAGGUGGAGAGAUUAAAGCUCUCAUACAGGUUCACACCAGACGACCGGAAAAACUCAAUCUUCAUGAUCCAGAGGACAAGCGGAGACUCGGUAAAGCUCAUCUGCGUAAAGCCAUCAUACGUCACGAGGAAGCCCUGCGUCUUCACGGCGUGUGUAAAUUGCUUCGAAAGAUGGACAUCCUGCAGGAAGUUCUGUCACACGCUCACGCCUGCUCGCUGGAGAAAUACUCUGAGAUUGAUCAGGAAGAUGAUUUCUGUGAGGUCGCAGAGGCUCCAGAGAUCCAGUCUCAUACACAGCAGAAGCCUGACAUUACAACUCCAGAUUUCAGCGGCGUUAGAGUGACUGAUAUCUUCCACCGACUGGGGCCGCUGUCUGUGUUCGCCGCUCGAAAUCGCUGGGUGCGGCGGCAUGCAUGUUUGGUUCGAGGAGAGGCGGGGCUCGGGCUCACGCUUCGAGGUGAUUCGCCGGUUCUGGUUGCUGGGGUGUUGCCAGGGGGAUGUGCUGCGGAGGCGGGACUCCGUGAGGCCGAUUAUAUCGUGGCUGUGAACGGCGCAGACUGCAGGUGGGCCGAACACGCUGAGGUCGUUCACGCGCUGAAGAGCUGCACAGAGAGAGGACUAGAGCUGGACGUCAUCACUCUACAGUCACACGAGGUUGAGAGGAAGACGAAUCUCUCACCUGCCGGUGAGAAGGAGUGUCAGUCGGGCAGCCAGAGGAGAGCGGGCCGGGAAUACGAGCGCGGAUCCUCGUCUCUGAAGAACUGGAGCUGGAGGAGCGGCGGUGUCACCAAGAGACUCGGAAGCACCUUCAGCCUUUCCUUCGGUAACUUCAGAGAGAGCGAAUCCAUGUUCUGAAAGCACACGAGGAAAAGAAAAGCACUGCUUUACUGACUAGAGCACAAUUAUCAGAUACAAUUAUGUUUUAGGAGCCGAAUGAAAAUUAGCUGUUUUAGAUUAACAUUUUGGCACAAUUCUACAUGCAUUCCAUCAUGUAAAGUUAUUCAGAAGACCUGCCAUGACAGAGGAUUUUAUUAGACAUGUAGCACUAUGCUGUAAUAGUCCAAUGCUUUCAGAAAAUAGUGUCUUGCAGCAGCUCCAGAAGGCAUUAAAGGAAUUAGUAGGGUGGCCAUAUGUGCCAUUUAUACGGGACACGUCCUGGCCAGGAUUUUUAUAUUG